AUCCGCUGCGCCUUCCAGUUGAAUUGUGUGAUCGUACGGCCAAUGUCAAUGAUUUUUUACCGGUUUGAAAUCGUGUCAGCAGUGUUUUUUGCUGAGCCGCGUUUUUUUCAACCGCACGAGUUUUGUAAAUAAAUAAUUAAGAAAUGGUUAAUAUUAAUGUCAAAAGCAAUUUCUUCAAGUUCUACUGCUUUGUUUCGGAAUUGUUAAAUCAAUCAAAGACAUAAAAAUUUAAUUUCUACUUUUCGUAUUGUUUCUGUUCUGCUGCCUGACUUGGCUUGGCUUGGUUGUUUGGCUUGACUUGACUCAUUUACAAGUUUCUCGGACACAAAACGCGGUCGCUUGGAAUGCCUGUGAUGACGGAUAAUAUAACAGAAAGUUGGCUCCAUUACAUGAUCGUGAUCAUAACUUUAAUUCCGGUUUAUCUGGCAUUUCAAUUACUGAAAUUUUUUGGCUGGGAGCUAUUUGUUAACAAUUAAAGGCAGAAGAAAACAA